AUGAGACCCUCCGCUUGGAGCCUUGCCGUCCUCGCUGCAGCGAGUGAGAUGUCUUCCUUCACCUUCACCAACGAAAAGCAAUACCGCCUUGGGCCAAACGCAAAGGCUGGGGCGGAAAAGGAGUCCGGGACAAGGCAUGAAACAAAGCCCGACGUCUCCUGGCUUAGUUGCGAGCUCUCUCGCCCCAUGGACCCCUCGGAGGACGGGUUGGUGAGCUCGGACGACCUGUUCUCGGGCAGUGAUGCAAUCGAGACCUUGGCCAAGCGCCAUCAGCCGUUUGUCCAAAUUCCCUCGGUUUAUUAUGACGACCUAGGAGAUGUGGAUGAGGACGAACGAUGGAAGCCUUUCCGGGAAAUCCCCGACCUUAUGAAGGAGACUUAUCCGACUGUGCACAAAUAUGCUACGGCAGAGACUAUCAACCAGUUCGGGCUCGUUUACACUGUCGAGGGGUCCGAUGAUAGUCUUGCCCCGAUCCUCCUGACUGCCCACCAAGACGUGGUGCCAGUCGAGGAAGAAACCCUUGAUCGGUGGGAGUACCCGCCGUUCGGUGGCUACUACAACAAGUCUACCGGAUAUCUUUACGGCCGUGGUUCCUCAGACAAGUCAGCCAUCACCGCCAUGAUGUCUGCCAUGGAAGCUCUUCUUUCUCAACAAGACUACCAACCAACCCGCACUGUUGUCUUUGCCUUUGGUUUUGACGAGGAGUGCUCUGGUCGUCGCGGAGCGGGUGAGAUUUCGAAGCACCUGCAGGAGAGAUACGGAGAGGACGGGAUCGCUGUCAUUAUUGACGAAGGUGGCGCUGGCCUAGAGAAGGUCGGUGACACGCUAUAUGCUCUCCCUGCCGUCUAUGAAAAGGGCUACCUGGACGUGUGGUUCGACCUCAGUGUUGUCGGCGGGCACAUCGCUAUCCCUACUCCGAACACGGCCAUUGGCAUGAUGGCAGAUGUUGUCAUCGCACUGGAGGAUAAUCCUUUCAGUCCUCGGAUCCUCGAGAAUGGCCCUGUACAUGAGGGGUUGGUUUGCUUCACUCGCUACACACCUCGAGCCCUCCCUGCUCUCACUCAAAUGAUCCGCUGGGGCGACCUCAGAGGGGCAGCUCAACUUUGGGCCAAGGUCUCGCCUGAGAAGCAGUACAGCAUCCAGACAUCACAAGCCAUUGGCUCUUUCUGUGGAGGGAAUAAGAUAACUUCUCUACCCGAGUUUGUCAGCAUGGGAGUCAACCACCGAUUUGCACCUCAGGACAGCGUGGGCGGUAUCCAACACCGCAUCGCAAAACUAGCCUAUGACGUGGCCCGGAAGUACAACCUUCAAGUCGAGGCCUUCAAAGGUGAUCGAGACUAUAUGCAAUAUCUUGAGGCCCAUGGCAUCUCCCCUGACAGCGAGACCCCAAGGCCGUUCUGGGAGCCUGAAUACAGCGGCAAGCUCAUCUUGGAGGCAAGGGAAAAGCACUACCCCACGCCUGUCUCUCCCACUAAGGGCCAUGUCUGGGAUAUAUUCACUGGCACCAUCCGCCACACCCUUGCUCAGCGGGGCACCAACGUCGUUCCAGCCCCUGGUGCCAUGACAGGUAACACUGAUACUCGCCACUAUCUUGAUCUAUCAAGGAACAUUUACAGGUGGAGUCCUGGGAGCCUCAAGUCGUUCAGCAAUAUCCACGGCGUUAAUGAAAAGCUUCUGAUGAGUGAGCAUGUGAACAUGGCCAAGUUCUACUACGACUUCAUCCGCAACUUUGACCAGGUCAAUGCUUAUGACCAGGAGAUGAAGGAAAUGAAGAAGGCGAAACAAAUGCGCAAGGACUUGUAA